AAGGAAGUGCUCCAAACAGUUCAUGAAUCGCAAGAUCUUUAACAAAAUGUUGCAGAAAAUCACCAGUGUGACAGUCAGGGACGUGAGGUUCCCCACGUCUCUGGAGCAGCACGGCUCAGAUGCGAUGCACACCGACCCGGAUUAUUCGGCCGCGUAUGUGGUGCUGGACACGGACUGCGGGCUGAAGGGCUUCGGCUUCACAUUCACUCUGGGGAAGGGGACGGAGAUUGUGGUUUGUGCUGUGGAGGCUGUGGCUGGACUGGUUGUUGGGAAAUCCCUGCAGGAGAUUGUGAACGACUUCCGGGGAUUUUACCGCCUCCUGACCAGUGAUGGUCAGAUGAGAUGGUUAGGCCCAGAGAAAGGAGUGAUCCAGCUGGCCGUAGCUGCAGUCCUCAAUGCUGUGUGGGACCUUUGGGCGAGGGCAGAGGGCAAGCCGCUGUGGAAGCUGCUUGUCGACAUGGAUCCCAAGCAGCUCGUCUCCUGCAUUGACUUCAGAUACAUCACCGAUGCGCUUACAGAGGAGGAGGCUAUAGACAUACUCAUGAAGGCACAGGAGGGCAAGCAGCAGAGAGAGGAUCACAUGCUGAAAGAGGGUUAUCCCGCCUACACCACCUCCUGUGCGUGGCUCGGAUACUCAGACCAGCUUCUCAAAAAGCUCUGCACAGAUGCUCUUAAAAGCGGUUGGACCAAAUUCAAGGUGAAAGUCGGUGCAGAUCUAGAGGACGAUAUACGCAGGUGCCGCCUCAUGAGGCAAAUGAUUGGACCCGAUAACACUUUGAUGAUCGACGCCAACCAGAGAUGGGACGUGGCCGAGGCCAUCAGCUGGGUGUCCAGUCUGGCGGAGUUCAAACCUCUUUGGAUCGAGGAGCCCACGUCUCCAGAUGACAUCCUGGGUCACGCUGCCAUCUCCAAGGCUUUGGCUCCACUCGGGAUUGGUGUGGCUUCAGGAGAGCAGUGUCACAACAGGGUGAUGUUCAAGCAGUUCCUCCAGGCCUCGGCUCUGCAGUUUGUCCAGAUAGACGGCUGUCGAGUGGGGAGCGUCAACGAGAACCUGGCUGUGAUGCUGAUGGCCCACAAGUUCCAGGUGCCCGUCUGUCCUCACUCUGGAGGAGUCGGUCUCUGUGAGCUCGUCCAGCAUCUGAUUCUGUUCGACUACAUCUGUGUGUCUGGAAGUCUCAGCAACCGAAUGUGUGAAUAUGUGGAUCACCUGCAUGAACACUUCACCAGUCCUGUGGUGAUUCAUGAUGCCCACUACAUGCCUCCCAAGGAUCCAGGCUACUCCUGUGAGAUGCUGGAAUCAUCAGUGCAGAGACACCAGUACCCUGAAGGAGAAGUUUGGAAGCGGAUCAUGAACGAAUAAACAUUAUACCGAAGG